AUGAUCGCCAGCUUCUUUGGACGGAAAAGCCUAAGAAGUCCAGACGAGGAAGCAAGAAUCUUGAGAAAGCUUAGUCCCAAUGAAUGCUUUCAAAGCGCUCAACACUCACUUAGAAUCUAUAUCGGAUGCGCUCUAUCCUGCCGCUACGUUAUACCAGAAGCACUUUUGGCCCUGGAUACAGACUCAUUUAAGCAUGUAAUUGAGAUUGCAUUUGCGCGUGCCAUUCUUCAACAUCCGGCUUUUACUGUCGGUCGGAUCGAUGAUGAUACCAAAACACCGCUGUGGGUUCGCCUAGAUCGCAUUGACUUUAACAACCAUAUAACAUGGUCUGAGCCUUUUGAGGACACCGAGAAUUCUCUUGAUGAUGUUUUAGAAUGGCAGGUCAAUAAUCCAUAUCUCAACAUCGAGAGACAGCCCUGCUGGAGGGUGGCGAUACUUAGAUCUCUUGGGACCAAGUUUAUGGAUGUGGUAUUUGCAUGGGAUCAUUCGGCAGGUGAUGGGAAGAGUGGCAAAAUACUUCACAAUACUUUUCUUGCCUGCCUUAAUACGCCUGAAUCCAAGAAUAUCACGCUGGAGAACCGAUCUUUCGACGUUCCUGUUACUCCCCAUACGCCUCCGAUGGAUCAAUUAAUCAAUCUUCCUAUCUCACCAGGAUACAUCAUAUCAGAACUCAGCCGCGAGUUUAUUCCGGGAUUGUCGAGUAAACCUCACGCAGCGACUUGGGCGCCCAUUUUCGCUGAGCCAGCAAAGACUCGCCUUUCAUGGAUGCGGGUGACGAAGGAAGCUUUCCCCUCAGUAUUGGACGCUUGUCGAAUGCAUGAGACGACCUUGACUGCACUGUUAAACACGCUCCUCAUGGUAUCAAUAGCGACGAGACUCUCUGAGGACAAGGCUCGAGCAUUCUCAUGUGGAACACCAAUUUGUUUCAGGCAAUUCCAAGAUGGAAAUUCCGAUAUUGAUUGCAACAAGACGAUCAUGAACUGCUAUGCCUACUGGCCCUUUAUCUUUGAAAAGGGUCUUAUUGCAAAGAUCCGCCGGCAAUUCAGCGAUGCCAAAGCAAACCCCGAUUUAGAUUCGAAUCUCGAAGAUGCCGUUUGGGACGUUGCUAAAACCAUAAGAGAAGGAUUGCUGUCAAAGUUGAGGCAGGGUACCAAGAAUGAUACAGUGGGCUUGGCUAAGUUUAUCGGUGACUGGCCGUCAUAUUUCAAAGGGCUUAGUAAAACGCGAGAGCAUGCGUUUGAAGUCAGCAACCUAGGCGGCAUCCAAGGCGGCCUUCCCGUGAACAAUGAUGGGAAGAGCAAAUGGAGUAUCGAUGGUGCCAGGUUCGCUCAGAGUUCGCCUUCUUUCGGAGCAGCAUUGACUCUCAAUGUUAUCUCUACCAAAGGUGGAGAAUUGGUUAUUAGUAAUGCUUGGCAAGAUGGAACAGUGGAUGAUGAGUUUGCUCGGGGCGUGUCUUCUGAUGUUGAGACGUGGUUGGAUCGGCUGGGAAAUACAGGGUGUUUCAAGUUUGCAUGAGAUGAUCUUCCGCUAGGUCACCAGAAUAUGGAUAACAACAAGUCUUGUCGAGAUCUGCGCCGUCUCGUUCUUAUACUUCAAUCCUUGAAUAAAGAGAGGCAAAGAUUCGAUGGUCUAUCGGAUGGUGAAGUAAUGAAGA